UGGCUAGUUUAAAGAGAAAAAGGUAGAAUAUGGCGUAUAAGGUAGAUCACCAGUACGAUUAUCUAUUUAAGAUCGUCUUGAUCGGAGAUUCCGGCGUCGGAAAAUCAAAUAUACUUUCCAGAUUCACUCGCAAUGAGUUCUGCUUGGAAUCCAAAUCCACCAUCGGCGUUGAAUUCGCCACCAGAACUCUUCAGGUGGAAGGAAAGACAGUAAAGGCUCAAAUAUGGGAUACGGCUGGGCAAGAAAGGUACAGAGCAAUCACAAGUGCAUACUAUAGGGGUGCAGUUGGGGCACUAUUGGUUUAUGACAUAACCAAGAGACAAACGUUCGAAAAUGUUGAGAGAUGGCUCAGGGAGCUAAGAGACCAUUCAGACUCCAACAUCGUGAUCAUGUUGGCAGGAAACAAGGCCGACUUAAAUCAUCUCAGGUCAGUCUCAGAGCAUGAUGGACAAGGAUUGGCGGAGAGGGAAGGGUUAUCAUUCCUCGAAACGUCUGCCAUGGAAGCUAUAAAUGUUGAGAGUGCAUUUCAGACUAUCAUGCUAGAUAUUUAUCAGAUAAUAAGCCGGAAAGCCUUGGCAGCUCAGGAAGCAAUUGUGGGUGGUCUUCCUGGCCAAGGAAUUUCCAUUAACGUCGGAGAUUACACAAGUAGUGUAAAUAGGAGAACUUGCUGUUCCAACUGAACAAGAGGCCGAAAGGCUAGUGAUUAUAUAUUAUUAGAGAUUUUGAUGGA